CGUAUCGUGAGGCGGCAGCAGCACACAAUUGUCAUCACGUGAGGUCAAAAUCACAAUGGUUUCCGAUGGUUUCUACGACGAGUGAUUAGAACAGCGAAUGUUUUGAAUUUCCCGAGAAAUUCAAGCAUCUGCAGCGUUCUAACAACGGAGCCGGGAUCCGAAGUGUCCGAUACGAUAAAAUACUUAUAUUGGAACAUUGUCCAAAAUGACAGAAUACUGGCUAAUAUCUGCGCCAGGGGAUAAGACGUGUCAACAGACAUGGGAAACGAUGAACAACUUAACAUCGAAACAGCAUUCUUUAUCGAUCAAUUACAAAUUUCAUAUCCCAGACUUGAAAGUGGGAACGCUGGACCAGCUCGUCGGUCUAUCGGAUGAUUUAGGGAAACUCGACGCUUACGUCGAGCAAGUGACACGCAAGGUGGCCACGUAUUUGGGCGAAGUUUUAGAAGAUCAAAGGGACAAGCUCCAUGAAAAUCUAUUGGCUAACAAUAGUCAAACUUCAAUGGAUGGGGAGAGCUCGAGCCCCGAAGGGGGUCCGGACACCCCGCCAAACACCCCCGUCACCCCAUCACACAAGACUUCGAAGGAGCACCACAGGCAAUGGAAGGAUUCGGAGAAAUGUGAACCAGAACUGGCCGCCUGUUUAGGUCAGCAUCAUCACCAACGUCAUCAUCACCACAACCAUCAUCAUAAUCAUCACAACGAGCAUCAUCAACAUCAUCAUCAUCAUCAUAAUCAUAAACAUCAUGGCCAUUCUUCCGAUGUCGAAAAGAAAUCGUCACACAGCCCUCAAGGCUUCUGUGAUGUCCGUUCAUCGAACGAUCCCUUAUCGGCCUAUUCAUGCUAUCAUGCGCAUUGGUGCGCCGCUUCGACCUCUUCCACACCGGCUCCCAGUCCUACUCCGACGAGUCCGAGCCUGUCCCUUUCAUCAAACUGUAGCAGUGAAGGAGAGACCACAUGGCAGUCGGGGACCACGCGCCCUCGGACCACUGAGAAAGCAGAUCGAUCUACUUCCUCACGCAAAUCGCUCGGCAAUGACGACGACGAAGACGAUGCGGACCAAAACAACGACCAAGACCAAGACCAAGAACAUAGCGGCAAUUUGCCCAAUCCAGGAAUUAUAAUAUUGGAAGAUAACAAAGACAGCUGCCCGUGUUCUAGCACAUUUUAAUUGCAGCAAAUGUGCGUACAGUCUUAAAGUUUAUUUUUUUUCGGGAAAUGCUCUAGUUCGUUUUUAAGUUCUUAGCUAGCUCUUUUUUCACUCCUGCGUCCUAACGAUAACUGAAUACAUAUACUCCACAAAACUUUUAUACAAACCAAUAGACUAUUCAACUUCAAAGACAAAAGAAAGAGAGAACGAGAAAUUCGUCGUAAUGAUACGAAAGUAUUCUCUGUGAUUAACAUCUUUCUCUCUCAAUUUUUAUUCUUCAAAAUUUGACCGAUUGUUCCAGGUGCUGUGGACGAAUGAAUGAACACAUAGUGUUUUACCUUUACUCAUUAUCAACCUUUUUUACACUUCAACUGCUUCUUUUUAUAAUUUCUUAUUCCAUGUUCUCUUAUACCAUACUUUGCUUUAAUUAUCUUACGUACGUACGAAGUUUUCGUUACAUAUUAUUUUUAAAUGAUACAUGUUUAAAUGCAUACCAAAUUUUAUUGGACAUCGUUCGUAUACAAGUAUUUAAUGGAAUUGAAAACACGUCAGCGUGAUAAGUUAUCCCGACAUAAUUAUUUAAUCAUUUAAUUAAGUUGUCCGUAUGAUUUAAGAAUAACGUCGCGACGUUAUUAAUAAUUAGUUUCGAGUAUCGUGGACAUCUGUGGAUGCAAAAUUCGUAACACGUAUCUAAAGUAUGGUUUAAGGACGAUUGUACAGAGUUACGCUACAUCCAAAUACAGCUGAAACACUACUUCGUAUAACUUUAUUUCGUUCUUAUAUGUUUUUCAGCGUUUUUCCUAUACCUAGCUUUCACACGCUUUCAAACCGUUACUUUCUAUAAUUUUUCAUAUAAAAGACAAUACCGCACAAAUUAUAAUACAUAUACACAUGUGUAUUAUGGACGUAUGGCACAGAUUACAGAUGAGACAUAAGUAACUUGAGAAAUAAAAGAAAACAGUUCUUAAACACUUAUCGAUCGGUACAUGGACUUAUGAGAAUAUUGUUUCGCAUGAUCAGAUAGAUUUUUGAUGACAGUAUGGUGCUCAAUACCCUUCAACACUACAAGUUUUAUCCAUAUCACAGAAAAACAUCCUACUGAUCAACUUUUAUGAAGUACCUCAUGAACAGUUAGCAUGAAACGCUUUAAAAUAUAUACUUAGCUUAGCUGUUUAUGUGUCUAUGUUACUAUUGCUCAUGCUAUAUCACUUAGGUCACUGAUUUAGGCUACUCAAAAAGAAAUUACGGUAUCGCAAGAUUCCCAUUGAAAAUUGCCCAAAUCUGGAAGGUGCUUACUCAGCAACAAAUAAUCGAAAGACGACAAUUUUUCAUUAAGUUAGAGCUUGGAACCUCUACUAUAAAAUGCUAUCUAGAGCUUUUUAAUUUGACACAGACUUGGAUAACUUUUUUUCGGUGAUGACGUUUAUAGCAAAUGAAAGAUUGAUUCUCUGUCUUUAAUUUAAGAGGAAAAUUAAGUUUCUACGAUUUUUUCAUCAAAUCAUCAUCCUAUAAUAAUUUGUUGGUGAGCAAUUAUCUUCCAAACUUGGCGAAUUUCCGACACAAAAUUUCUUGAUGCCAUAAUUUUAUUUUGAGUAGUGUAUAAACACAAUAUUUGGAAUAAUCGCAUUUGAAAAUAGAUAUAACAAACUCAUACUGGUUACCAGUUACGUUUUAAUAAAGUGUGCAUGCGUGCGUGCGUGCUUAUCCACUCGAAAUUAUCAAUCAAUAAAUUUUUUACCGAAGAACAUGCUAAUGCGGCUUUGAAGAUCAGCCUAGCUGCAUAGUUGUCAUAAAUUUUGUUUGAAUGAAUAUCCGAUGAAAAGGAAGAAGAGCACUCGAUGAGAUAAUAAAAACGAGGAAAACAGAAAUUCCAUUAAAAUAAAUCUUGUAUACAUUUGUACGAAGCAUUGAAUUAAAGGGACUAGCUGGAACUGCACGAUUCAUUCAAACGUGAUUUACGAGAAAUUCUUCUUAAUUACAGAUAUAUAAAUAUGUUAAUUAAUAUUUCCCAUAAAACGAUCGAACGAGAAAAAAAGAGACGCUCGUGAUAAGAGAUAAUUAAUAAUAUAAUAUACUUCUAUACGUUAAUGUUUGCAUGCCGUAUUUUUGUUAAUGUCUUGCUUAUUUUUUGUAAUGCUAAUAUGUAAGGAGCGUACUAGAAUCGAAGAAUAAUUUCAGUAGAAACAGUCUUUCUCUGUUAUCUCAUUAUUGUCAAUACUCUCCUUAUCACAGAGUCAAUCUAAAAAUUAUUUUAAUUGUGGUUCGGCUAAAAGUAAUUUAACUAGAUAUUUACUCAUAUGCAUAUAAUCUUAUUGUACAAAUGAAGGUUUUUGAAACGCAAGACAACGCACGUUCCUACUUUUCACCCUGAAGAAAGUAAGAAACAUCCUCCUUGACAAAGAAAAAUUCUAUGCGCUCAAUGAAAAGUUUAAAUACGCUUCCAGAUUUGCAUAUAUUCCUGCAUUUGUACAAUACACUGAUAAUUCAACAGAGCUUUAUCAUAUUUCAGCUUCUGAACUUUGUCGAAUCAUUAAAAAGAUAUAAUCAGUACCGCAUUUGUAAGCACAUUUAAGCACUUAGUCUAUUACGUGUGAUUUGAACAUUGCAUGUUAUUUUAUGAUUCCAUAAUUUCGAAACUUUUACAAGGCUCUGUUCGAAUAUUUCUAUUUUAAACGAAAGCCCGUCUGUAACUAUGGAACGAUUACACUAAUAUUUUAAAUU